CCUCCUGGGUAGUGGGCGGGACCUCCGCUCGUCUGGCAGGCUCGAGUGUGUGGUGUGUUGGACUUUUCGCUGGCGGAAUUUCGCUGUCUUUGCGGUUUGUGUUUUUAAUCGGUGAGCGGGUUUUUAUGGCGGCUCCAGGAGUGAUCCGCAGGUUGGAGGAGACGGUGGUGAAUAGGAUAGCUGCUGGUGAGGUGAUCCAAAGGCCUGCUAAUGCUAUUAAAGAAAUGGUGGAGAACAGUUUGGAUGCCAAAUCUACAAAUAUUCAGGUGACUGUAAAGGAUGGUGGGCUGAAGUUGAUUCAGAUCCAGGACAAUGGGACCGGUGUCAGGAAGGAAGAUUUGGAAAUACUUUGUGAAAGAUUUACUACAAGCAAAUUACAGAAAUUUGAAGAUCUCACCAGCAUUGCUACUUAUGGAUUUAGAGGAGAGGCUCUUGCCAGCAUAAGCCAUGUCGCACAUGUCACCGUAACAACCAAAACUGCUGAUGGGAAAUGUGCAUUCAGAGCUAGCUACUGUGACGGGAGAUUAAAGGCUCCUCCAAAACCAUGUGCUGGAAACCAAGGUACACAGAUCACAGUGGAAGAUCUUUUCUAUAAUAUUGCCACACGAAGGAAGGCUUUGAAAAAUCCAAGCGAUGAGUAUUCUAGAAUCGUGGAGGUCAUGAGCAGGUAUGCAAUUCACAAUUCGGGAGUGAGCUUUGCUGUGAAGAAGCAAGGUGAAACUGUUGCUGAUGUGAGAACAUUGCCUAAUGCCUCAACUCUGGAUAAUAUUCGAACAAUCUUUGGGAAUGCUGUUAGCAGGGAAUUAAUUGAAGUGUGCCUUGAAGAUUCAAAAUUUGCCUUCAAAAUGAAAGGUUAUAUAUCAAAUGCAAAUUAUUCAGUGAAAAAGUGUAUCUUCUUACUUUUCAUCAAUCAUCGCUUGGUGGAAUCCAGUGCUUUACGGAAAGCAAUUGAAGCUGUUUAUGCAGCCUACCUUCCCAAAAAUACACAUCCCUUCCUGUAUCUGAGCCUUGAAAUAUUGCCACAAAAUGUCGACGUCAAUGUCCAUCCCACGAAGCAUGAAGUACACUUUCUGCAUGAGGACAAUAUCAUUGAGAGUGUGCAGCAGCAUGUCGAGAGUAAGCUGCUUGGCUCCAACUCUUCUAGAACCUACUUCACUCAGACUUUACUGCCAGGCCCAGCCAUAUCCUCCAGUGACUUUGUCAAACCUUCAGUUUCGGGUUCAGUUGACAAACCAUAUGCUCACCAGAUGGUGCGGACAGACUCCAAGGAACAGAAGAUGGAUGCCUUCCUUCAGCCAAUCAACAAACCGCAGGAGAGAUCACCCACUACUAUUUCUGCUGAUGGAGGGACUGGGAAUCAGGACUCCGAGAUGGAGGACUUAAGUGACUUUGACUUACUAGCUGUGGAAAAAGCUGGUACCUCAAGCAAGACUCUGCAGAAGUCCUUACACCCUUGUAAUGAUGACUCAUCCAGUACCCCAUCCAGGAAACGGUCGAGGGCAGAUUCACCAGGUGAGGUAAAGGAAGUGAACUCCAGUUGUGAUUUGACAGCUGCCCAUUUUCCAAAGAGGCGAAUUAUUAACCUAACCAGUGUCCUCAGCCUGCGGGAAGAGACCAACAGUCAAAACCACACAGGUCUGCAAGAUAUGUUGCAGAAUCAUUCAUUUAUAGGUUGUGUGAACCCUCAGUGGGCACUGGUACAGUAUCAGACUAAACUUUAUCUGAUCAACACCACUAAACUCAGUCAAGAAUUGUUUUACCAAAUCUUAAUCUAUGACUUUGGGAAUUUUGGAGUGUUGAAGUUGUCGAGCCCUGCCCCCUUGUAUGAACUGGCUAUGUUGGCUUUGGAUAGUCCAGAAAGUGGCUGGACAGAAGAGGAUGGUCCCAAAGAGGGAUUGGCGGAGUAUAUUGUAGAUUUUUUGAAGACAAAAUCUGAAAUGCUGCAAGAUUAUUUUUCCCUUGGUAUUGAUGAGGAGGGAAACCUAAUUGGAUUACCUCUGCUCUUGGAAAACUAUGUCCCAGCUCUGGAGGGACUGCCAAUGUUCAUCCUGCGUCUUGCUACAGAGGUGAACUGGGAUGAAGAGAAGGAGUGUUUUGAAAAAUUAAGCAAGGAAUGUGGUAUGUUUUACUCCAUCAGAAAAGAGUAUACACUGGAUACUGAGACACACAUGUCACUGAAUCCGGAUCAGCAGAGUCAGGAGCUCAGCAGUGACAAGUCAUGGAAGUGGACUGUAGAACAUGUAGUUUCUAAAGCUUUCAGAACUCUCCUCCUUCCACCAAAGUACUUUGCAGAGGAUGGAUCCAUCCUGCAGCUUGCCAAUCUUCCUGACCUGUACAAAGUCUUUGAGAGAUGUUAAUUAAUUCUUGGAAAGAUGAAGAACAGAAAACUGAUUGUUAAAAGUAUAAAAUGCUGUACAGUUUCAAGGCGAGAAGCUCCAAGGCUUUCCACUAGAAGAGCUAAUCAGAGAUUGGACUUGCUGUAAUAAAGCUCUACUUUGGCAGCACUAUCAUGCAAAUCUCCUCCCAAACCAAUUGUAGAGAGAAUCUGUAUUCUUUUGUAGUGAGAGGAUCUUGAUGAUUUCAAGGUUGUACAUAAAUUUGGUUAAUAUAAACAAUGGUAUAUUUCUUCAGAACUUUCAGACAGGAGUAUGGAUUUAUUCCAAAGACAUACAAUUGCACUGUUUUACAUGUUCUGCUGUAAUCGCUAGGUUUUCUAUAAUAAAUUUCUUUUGGGUCUUAGUCUUCUCCAACCAGGCAUGUAGUGUAGAGAGUUACUUUUCCUGUGCAGGUACACCUGGGGCUCAUUUUAGCACUUUGUGAUUUUAUCAACGGCAGGAAAAUUGUUCAGGCCACAAUUCAGGCAAUGACAAGGCUGAAACAUUUGCAACCAUUUUCAGCUGGAAGUGCUGAGUGGAUGAUCCUUCUCUGCCACCUCCUGAAAUCCCCAAAAUCAUAGGUGCCAGGCUUCAGCCAGUUUGAUUCACUCCACAUGAUAUCAAGAGACAGCAGAAGGUACUGGAUGCAGCAACGGUCAUGGGCUCUGACAACAUCCUGGCUGUGGUUCUGAAGCCUUGAGCUCCAAAACUAGCUGCACCCCAGCCAGGUGUUCCAGUAUUGCUAUAACACUGACAGCUAUUGAACAAUAUGGAGAGACAAAUUCAAUCUAGCAAUGACCACCCCAUGAUUCUACUCUCAAUCAUCAGCAAAGCAGUGUAAAGUGUUAUGGACAUUGCAUUCAAGUGGCCCUUACUAACCUGUUAACUGAUGGGUUCUAUCAGGAGCACUUGGCUCCAGUCCUCAUUGCAGGCUUGGUCAAAACAUACAACUGAAUUCCAGAGGUGAGGUGAGAGUGACUGCCAUUGGCAUUAAGGUAGUAUUUGACUGAGUGGAGCCCAAGCAAAAUUGAAAGUCAGUGUGAAUCAGGGAAAACUCUUCACUGACUGGAGUCAUGUCUAGCACAAAGGAAGAUGGUUCUAGUUAUUGCAGGACUAUCAUCUUAGCCCAGGGCAUCACUGCAGGAGUUCCUCAGGGUACUCUCCUAGGCCCAACUAUGUUCAGCUGCUUCAUCAAUGACCUUCCCUCCAUCAUAAGGUCAGAAGUAGGGAUGUUUGUGACGGUUACAUAUUGUUCAGUAUCAUCCACAACUCCUCAGAUACUGAAACACUUAGGGUCUUCAUGCAGUGAAACCUGAACAACAUUCAGGCUUAGGCUAAUAACAUUUGUUGAAUCAUGGUGUGCUCCACAUACUAUGUACAAAUCAUAAGCCUGCUUAUUCUAAGUGUUCCAUGGCUGGGUCCAUUAUGCUGCAAAGAGAAAAGUUAGGUCAUUGACAUUUUAGAUAUGCAAUGUUAAGUAUUUUGUACUGUGGCAAUGAAUCCAAGGUUUCAUAAAAUUGGACAAAACUUGCAUAGCAAA